CUUUUGCGCAGCUGCUACUUCACCUCUGACGGAAAUUCUUUGCACUAAAAAUUCACUUUGUUAAUAAUAAAACAAUAAUAUCAACAGACUAGUCUAUUUCGAGAACGCGCUGCAUAAUUCAAAAACCGUGGGAGGAUAGGCGAAAAGCUAAAGAGUUGGAAAGCCAUUGCUUGCCACAUUUGCUGAGGCUUAGGCCUGCGAGAAAUCAAUAGCCGCUUGGGGUCGCUGGACGCUUAAUGUCCGCUGUAGAUAAAAAUGCCAAAUCGCAAGCGGGACUCGGACUCUGAAGAUUUGCAGUCGUUUCUCAUGAAUUUUCACAAGGAAAUUGAGGAUGGCAACUCCGAAGCCAGAAAUGCCAAGGAUUUAAAUGCUAAAGAUGUUGAUGAUGAGGAAAAAGAAGAAGAGAAUGAGGAGGAAGAUGAUGAUGAUAAGUACUUUAUUGACGACGAAGGCAAUUGCUAUAUCAAAACGACGCCAAAAAAGAAGCUCAAACUAACAAAUAAACUGAAGCCACCGGUAGUGUCGAAACCAGCAGCGAUAACUGUACGCAGUGCAACCCGAUCAAGCACCACAAAUGCCUCGAAAGCAAUUAAUCUGCGUCCAGUUAAGCCCAAACUGGAGUCGUCACCACAAAGAAACCAGAAAUCGGAACCGACGCCGCAACGCAGUCAGAAAGCCGAGCCGACGCCCAAAACAUCCCAAAAUAGGACUCGGAAUAAGACACCAUCGACACCAACGGCACCAGUCACUGCUCCAAAGGCUUAUUUACGUUCACAACGAAAAGCUGCAAAACCGGAAUCAAAAGCUGUCGAAUUGUUGGUGGAUAAUGAGGAGAUAAUUGAAGAGCUUGUAGAUGAUCCAAUGAUCGUUAAUGAGAAAGAGUCGGAUGUGAAUCAAACAAAAGAUUCCAUAACACUUGAUGAUUCAAUGUUGGGGAAGAACAGCAUAUGCGACGAUGAAGUCUUUGAGUUUGAGGAUAAUGCAGCCAACAUGUCUGCAAAGCCGGACGUGGACUUUGUGCUAUCCGGCAAAGAGUAUAAACUGAAAACAUUGCCCACACAGUCGGCUGAUUCGCAUAAAUACGCCUGCUCCCAUUGCAGCUAUACUACCAAUAAGAAAUUCCUGAUCUCACGUCAUGUGCGCUCCCAUGACGCCGAGCUGUCGUUCAAGUGCUCGAUCUGUGACCGUGGCUUCAAGUCGAACAUGGGACUGGUGAAUCAUCUGAACACACACAUGGGCAACAAGCCGCACAAGUGUAAGCAGUGCGAAAGCGCUUUCACAACCAGUGGAGAACUCAUACGCCAUACACGCUAUAAGCACACCAAGGAGAAGCCGCACAAAUGCACCGAAUGCAGCUAUGCCAGCGUCGAGCUGACCAAGCUGCGUCGCCACAUGACAUGCCAUACGGGAGAGCGACCGUAUCAGUGUCCACAUUGCACGUAUGCCUCUCAAGAUAUGUUUAAGCUGAAGCGUCACUUGGUCAUACACACGGGCGAGAAGAAAUACCAAUGUGACAUCUGCAAAUCGCGAUUCACACAAUCGAACUCGCUCAAGGCACACAAGCUAAUCCACAGCGUGGUCGACAAGCCAGUCUUCCAGUGCAGUCUCUGUCCCACGACAUGCGGUCGCAAAGCGGAUCUACGCACCCACAUGGCCAACAUGCACACCUCGGAUAAGCCCUUGGUGUGCAAGCGAUGCAAACAAGAGCUGCCCGAUCGCUAUCAGUACAAGCUACACGUGAAGUCACACGAGGGCGAGAAAUGCUAUCGUUGCACCCUUUGCAGCUAUGCCUCCGUGUCGCAGCGUCAUCUGGACUCGCAUAUGCGUAUACACACCGACACCAAGCCUUUCACGUGCGAUUUGUGUCCACAGGCAUUCCGGCAACAUCAAUUGCUACGCCGUCAUAAGAAUGUCAUGCACAAUGAACACUAUAAGCCGCCGGAGCCGCGAGAGAAGCUACACUCUUGCCCCAGCUGUCCACGUAUCUUUACCCAUAAGGGCAAUCUGAUGCGACACAUGGAGACCCAUGAUGAUACGCUUAAUGCACGCGAGGAGAAACUAAAGCUGAAACUGGGACGCAACGUUCGAUUACAGCCAGAUGGUAGCAUUGUCACUUUGGUGAAUAGCAAAGAAAUUGACAUUCUGGAAAAGAAUGAAGAUAUUUCCAUAGACUUGGAUGAGCAAUAUGAUAUCACGGAGCUCGAGCAGUUAGAGGACGAUGACGAGGACGACGAGAUACAAAGUGAAGAUAUUGUGGAGCCUAUGCCCAGUUCCACGCCAAGAACGAGAAACGCAUCCAAUACUGUCGUAAUAAGAGAGCGUUCACAGAGGACACAGAACAAGCCCAUCAUUAUUAAUCGCCAACUGAAAGUUCCUCGUGGUCAUCGGGGGGUAACAACUCAAGCUGGAACAUUUCGCAUUAAGGAGGAGCCGGAUGCUAAUGAAUUCACCGUGGAGCUUCAGGGUGAAGAUAAUCAGUUCAUGGUCGUCCAACUGGUCGACGAUGACAAUGAAGUCGUUGUCAAACGUGAGCCUAGCACCCAAAAGAUAACUGCCAACAAUUGUUUCGGCUUCGAGGAUGAUGCUGAUACUGUUUACGAGGAGUAUGAUGAGUCCGUGACCGAAGUAGAUGGCACAUCACAAGAGUUUAUGCACCUAAUGGACAUGAUUGAACAGGACACGUAGCUUAAAUGAAUCUAUCACUCUUGGUACAUAUUUGUAUUUAUAAAUGCAUAGAAUAUCCAGAUCAAAUAAAAAAUGUUUAUAAAAAAGUAA